AUGAGAUUCUCUACCGCCUGCGUGGCUGCCAUGUCCGCUAGCCUGGCUUCGGCUGGAGGCUGGUUUGGCGGAUCUAAAGAAGUCGUCAUCAAGGACGUACAGAAGGUCCCGGGUGACUCUCCGCUCGAGUUCUGCGAUUCGGACCACAGCAAUGAUAUUAUCAAGAUUGAGAGCGUCGAUUUGCUACCGAAUCCUCCAGAGUCUGGUGCUGAGCUGGUUAUCCGCGCCACGGGAACCGUAUUCGAGCGUAUCGAGAAAGGUGCCUACGUCGACAUUGUCGUCAAGUACGGUUUGAUCCGCCUCCUUGCCACUAGGGCCGAUCUGUGCGAACAAAUUGGGAAUGUUGAUCUCGAGUGCCCCAUCGAGAAGGGUGUUCUGUCUAUCACCAAGUCUGUUGAUAUUCCCAAGGAGGUUCCUCCGGGAACAUACAACGUAUUCGCCGAUGUCGCCACCGCUGAAGGCAAGCCCAUCACCUGUCUUCAGGCUACGGUGAAGUUUGGCGGCAGCAAGCAGGAUACCAUGGGUGAUGGUGACCUUUAA